CUCCAUCAUAACUUUGUUCGAAUUAGGAACAAUAAAGCUAUUACAAAAAAAAACCUCACACCGCUCCCCCUGUGGUGGGGAAUCAACCAAUCGCUUGGAGAGGCUAGACACGCUGCCCCUCGCGGUGGGCGUGGCCUCGCACCUGUGUGCUGUGCCCAGUGUGCCGGAAGUGACCUUCCCCUAGCAGUGGGGUCACAUAACACUCACCCCACGCGCGUGGGUUCUGGGCUUUCAUGCAAUGCGGUGCUUAGUGUAGGAGCAGCUCCGUGUCCUACACCAAACGGGUUAAAAACCAUGGCUAGUACCAUGAUAGCUGCCGGCCUGACCAUAGCCGUUGCGGGAUUUGCAGGGCGUUAUGCUUUUCAGGCCUUCAAACAUAUGGAGCCCCAGGUGAAGCAAGCUCUUCAGACUCUGCCCAAGUCGGCAUUCAGCGGUUAUUACAAAGGAGGAUUUGAGCCCAAAAUGACCAAAAGAGAAGCCGCGUUAGUCUUGGGCGUCAGUCCGACAGCCAAUAAAGCGAAGAUCCGAGAAGCCCACCGACGCAUUAUGUUGUUGAAUCACCCGGAUAAAGGUGGAUCUCCGUACUUAGCAGCCAAGAUUAACGAAGCCAAGGAUUUCCUGGAAACUCAGUCCCGGAAAUAAUACUAAUUACCCAAAGACGGGGCGACAAUAAAAUCACGUGACUCAC